GGUCAUUUUUCCACGAUGUAAUGUUUUUGCAUGCUGCCAUUGUAACUAAAAAUAGUCGUCUGAGAUUGACUCUACUGCGCACGCUUAGUAGAUGACAGAGGCGUAAUUUCAUGACUGAAGACGUCGGAGUGCCGUUCUCUUACGUGCCGUCGUCAGCACCUCUUCCAAAUGGUGUUCGUCUGGUCGACGGCAAUGACGCUCUUUUACGAGGCAAACGACGGAAAGGAAAGUCGAAAGUUCUCGAUAAAGUGGCGUGGUUUACAAGGAAGAGCGGCGAGAGUUCAUCAAAAACGAAACACAAAAGGGAGUCGGUUAAACGAAAAGAAUUGCAACAGAACGAUUCCUCGUCUGACAGUUCUAGUAAUGGUGAGUUGGUGCACGAUGACAGUUGGUUGUAUGAAGAGGAAGAACAUGUACAUAUUGAGAAUACUAGUAACUCGUUUGAAGGACAGCAAUCAUACGUUCCAAUAGUAUCUCAUGUGACCGAAGGAAGUCCAUCCGUACGUGCCAGGGCAGCUGUGUUUGGUCCUCUUGUUCGUCGACUGUCUGAAGAUGCUAAUGCGUUACCUUCGUGGAACAGACUAGGAGCAUUGUCUGCUGGCAGUAAUUAUACUAAUCAUAGUAACCUUCUUUCAUCGACUGCAAGUCUUAACACAGUUCCAAGGGUAUUGAAGAAUGCUCGAGCAACUGCUGUGUCUACACGGAGUCAAAGUUUGUUUUCAAGUCUUCCUUUUCUUCCCUAUGCUGUUGCAAAGGAGGCUGAUCCGUUUUCUGACAAAGAAGUCUGUCAUUGUCCAGCUUGCUGUGGCUGCCGUCAUCAGUCAACUUUAGAACUAAACAGCAAGACAUCUGGUUUAUUUCAAGAGAACUCACUAGGACAAAGAUUGAACAGUUGGCCCAGAAGGGACUGUCCCCUUCGAAAACAGUUGCAGCAGCUAAAGAGAGACACAUCUCCACUAAGUGGCAGUGAUGAGUCUAAACGAACUGGAGAGAGUGAUAGUGGUAUAUCAGAGAUCGACUUGAGUCCUAAACACCAAAAACCGGAUAUUGAUGCAACAGAAGUCAAGUAUCGCAUGCAGCAGUUUGAAGACCAACGACGGAGAGUUUUGAUUAGCCAAUCUGGCAGGCCAGCUGCGGCUGCAGGUGUUGCUGCUCCGAUCUGGAAGCUGUGACCUGUGUAGUGGUCUUAGUUGUACCCCAAUUUAUGUAGCAAAGACCGAAGCAUAGAGAUAAGACGCAGAAGAGUGGAAAAGGACCUGUCUGCGUGUGCAAAUGUGGCCCAGUACAUCUAACGGUUGUUGGUUGGUAGGUCAAGACGUUCUCGCAGUGCCGAUUUUAUUUGACCCAUGAUCUUUAUAGUGAUUGGAAGGCAAGGUUUUGGAGGUCACCGAAGUGUGCGGCAUCUGAUGCCUCGGAGGACAAGGGAAGGCAAAUAGAAGUUGCUACGGGGUCUGGCAUGCCUGCGAGUUGAUGAUGGUGUUUGAUGCUAGCCAGAUAUACUUUCAGCAUCUGGUACUGCACUUCUGAAGCUGCUGACGCGACAAACUCGACGAGAGAUGACUCUGAGGCUGGGAACGGUGACCACUUCCUUUGUCUGCAGAACUCCGUAUACCGUGACACGUCUGUGUUAUAGGUGCAUUGUGAUGAGGCGGCGAUGCUUUCAUGUAGGAAGAAUGUGGCUGCAGGUCCGGGAGACCAAUGGUGAGAGCUUCCGCAGGCAGUGGAGUUGGUCGUGGUGCUGCUUGAGGUGCCAGUGCAUUUGGGCAUCUGUGUGCGAGACAAUGCGUCAGCAAUUACGUUAGAAGCGCCCGGAAUAUGUCUAAUAAUGGCAGUAUAGUUAUUGUUUGCCGCCUUAAAAACAAGCAACGGACAAGUGCCGUGAGAUUGGGGCAGUGGGAUGAGCUCUGUUGUCAUAAGUUGACUAUGCUCAUGUUGUCACAGUGGAAUAAAACCCGCUUGCCAGACCAAUGCUUACCCCACAUCAAACAGGCUACAACGACGGCGAACAAUUCUUGCCAUGCUAUGGACUUCCCCAAUUCCAGUGUCUGGUGCGACUGCCAGUCACAGCGGAACCAGGCUCCACUGUAGUAUGUGCCAAAACUGCGUGAACCGGACACAUCUGUGUGGAGAUCCAUGUCUGCGGCGGCAGAGAGAUGGACAGGCAUCCAGCAUCAUUGCAACCCCAUUCCAGGACGGGAGAAUGCGAUUCCACCAUUGGAAAUCCUUUCUAGUUUCGCUGUUAAUGCAGACAUGGUGAUGACUCAAUCGGACGGAAGUUGCCAGAUCGAUGAGUCAUAGUAGAAGAAUUCGGUCGGUCGGAAUGUCCUUACAUGCGAAACUGGACUUACCGAUUAUGGAUUGUAAUGGUUAGUUUACAUAGUAAACGUAGGUUAACAUCAGGAGUAGAAGAUUACAGAGGUUAGCCGAACCUUUGUAAUGUUAAUAGCUAGCUUUUGAAGUAUGUAUUAAUACAAAUGACUGUCAGAACGUUGCAUUGUUUGGUUAGCAUUGUUCGGUUAUCUUUGUCUAGUUGCUUUCUUGAUAUGAGUAAACGCAACAGUCGUUCAACCCGACGAGCAUCGUUCCUCACUCUUCCUCAGUCUCCUGAAGAAAUUGCUUUGCUU